AUGUCCAAGUGUUUCCAGUUCGUUGAUGAGGAAAAAAGAGCUAUUGAUCCUACGAUCCUGACGAGUAACGAUGGUCCAAGCGUCAAUCAAGUGCAGCUGUCCAGGAAGCACAUUGUAGCAGCAGUAGACCACAGCGUUGAGCGCCUUCGCACCUUCAUCGACGUGCUGCAGAUCCACAGGAUGGGUCUUGAUGUGCCACCAGAGGAGAUCAUGAAGGUAGUCGAUGGUGUUUCCGAAAGCGGUUAA